UUUUUCCAGUGACAGCUUCAUAGUUGGACCCACAGCUGUUGUUUUCUCACGUUUGAAGGCAGAUUUUAAUCACUUAAGACUUAAUUUGUGGCUUAGUUCUUUCUGGCUGUUUUAUCUUUAUAUACAAACACACAUACAUGUGGAUUUCCGAUCAGCUGUGUGCGUCCAAACUGGGUUCCUUUGAUGUGACUUUGAUCCACACUUGACUGUCAGCUUGGACAGCAGGCUGUCUGAUGACCAUAUUAAGUCUGAUCCAGUGAGACACACCUACAGCCCAAACAAACGUGAACAUCAGUGAGAAAGGCAGCCUCAAGCAUCUGAUUGAUAUUUAAGUGGCCUGACAACCCCAAACAGAAGGACCAACAUGCUGAUUGUCUUGGCCUUUAUCAUCCUCUUCCAUGUGGCUGCAAUUGCCCUGCUCUUUGUUGCCACGAUACAUAAUGCGUGGUGGGUUGUCUCACCACCAGGAGGCAAUGUGGCCUACUCUGACUUGUGGUACUUCUGUAAUGCUACCUGCUACCCAGUUGAAAAGAGCCACACUGCUGAUGCAGCGUAUCUCCAGGCAGUCCAGGCGACGAUGAUCCUAGCCACCAUAUUAUGUUGCAUCAGCUUCUUUGUCUUCAUCCUUCAACUCUUCAGACUCAAACAGGGAGAACGAUUCAUUUUCACUGCCAUUAUCCAGUUAUUUUCUGCUCUUUGUGUGAUGAUUGCAGCGUCUGUCUAUACGGCUCAGAAAGACACAUUUCAUGUGGGUAAUCUCAAGAACGGCUCCUACGGCUCCUCCUAUAUCCUAGCCUGGAUCAGCUUUCCCGUGACUCUAAUCAGCGGCCUCAUGUACCUGGUGCUCAGGAAACGCAAAUAGAUGUGGGUGGGACAUGCAAUACAUACAUACACAGUUUUUCUCAACAUACAUGCACCUGAUUGCAUUCUUAUUGGCACUCAUGCAUAUUACAGUAUGAUCAGAGAGUCGUGCAUCCAUGCAAGUCUCAAGUUUACCAUCAACCAGUGAAACAUUUCCUAUCAUUUUCUUCAAAUUUCAUACAAAAAAACACCCUCAGUGCAGGCCAGUUUGGCCCGCCCCUGUGAUUCUUGAUGAGACACACACACACACACGAGUUACUAAAUUGAGGGGUCACAUUAAAUGUUGUGUUCAUCUCACUAUGAGUCAUUGAGUGGCUAGAUCUUGUCCAGUAUACACUGGGUGUCAGAAGGUGUAGGACCCUGAACUGUCACAGAGUCAAACAGAUACAGACAAACAACCAUUCACACCUGCUGGCCAAUUUAAAGUAAGAGUAAUCCAUACUGCAGGCUGACGGCUCAGUGUUCCACCUCCAGGCCAAUACUAAAAAUCAAGCUGUAACUUUAAGUGUCAGUUCUUUACGAAGGUUCUGCACAUCUCCUCUCCAGACAGUGGAAGGAAACCAGAGUAUCUAUAAAAAAUAAAUAAAUAAAUAAAUAAAAACUCAGAAUGGACACAAAAAUUUCAAUCUCGGAGGCCCUUACAAUCACUUGUUCGCUAGCUUGUUAGUUAGCACAGUUACUCAAAAGCUAAUGAAACAAACACUCACCGGAACACUUACCUCAGUCAAGAGCCAAGAAACUGUAAAAUCUCUACCUAUAAUUAAGAUUGAAAAGGGCCUAUCUGAUUAAAAAAAAAAAAAAAAGAGCUAACUAAAUCCUCAAUCCAGAUGGUGGCCAAAAUUUUAUGGACUCUUCACAAGCCGCUGACAUUUAAUUGAAAUUAUAUACCAUAUUUUCCAGAGUAUAAAUUGCUGCGUCAUUUACAGUAAAUAACACCUUUCAA